AUGUCUAACCUCCACGACAGAGUUGUCAUUAUUACAGGUUGCAGCAGCGGUAUUGGUCUCGCAACUGCACGCCUCUUCCUUGAGCGCCAGGCCCUUGUCUUCGGCAUCGAUAUCGGCGCCAUCCCCCAGAAACUCGCCGAGACAUACAGCACAUUCUCUUUUUACCAGGCUGAUCUCACUACUGAUCAGGCCGUUGAGCAUGCAGUCGCCAAGUGCAUUGGGAAGCACGACAGAAUCGAUGUUCUGGUGAAUUGCGCGGGUGUGAGCGAUGGCUGGUCCAGUGCCGACACGCUGCAGGACGAAGAAUGGGAACGUGUAAUAGCUAUCAAUUUGACCGUUCCUAUUCGGAUGAUGAGAGCGGUGCUACCGGCGAUGAAGGAACAGAAAGGUGGAAGUAUCGUCAACGUCGCCAGCAAGGCGGCUAUUUCUGGAGCUUCGGCUGGCAUCGCAUAUACAGCGAGCAAACAUGGGCUUGUUGGCGCAACGAAGAAUGUCGCAUGGCGCUUCCACACCGAGAAUAUCCGCUGCAAUGGCGUGCUUCCAGGUGGUGUUGCAACAAAUAUCGCGUCUUCCGUGCAGAUGGAGCAAUUUGACUCGGCCGGUUUCAACUCAUUCUUCCCCAUUGUUCAACUCCAUGUAUCAAAGGACAGCGAAGGGACUCCCGUACCGGUGAUUGGGGUUGAUGAUGUCGCGCGCGGUAUCGCUUUUCUCGCCUCGGACGAGGCAAAGAUGAUUAACGGCGCAAUGAUUCCAAUUGACAAUGCGUGGUCAACCAUAUAG